ACCUGAGCUCGGCUUUACAUUUCCUACCUGUAUUCCGACGAGUCCGGCCUACUGUGGGAACGCCCACUCUCCGGCACAUCCGGGCAUUAACAGCCACCAGAGGGCACUCGCGUACUGGUUCGGUUUAUUCAGAGAGUGAAUAAACGGCAGCUGAAGCGGUUCUGUGUCUGAUUGGACCAAGUGAGGAGAUUCCUGACUUGUUUUUAUCGCCCAGUUUUUUGUCAGGCUGGUGAAAGAUGGGGGCCCUCGGGAGCCGCUUCCAGACGCCGCAUCGCCUCGACGAGCCCGUCCAGCCUCACUGCGCCGGAACCGCACACAGCUGCUCCUGUAAGAAGAGGAAACGAGCCUCGAGCUGCGAUUGUGAUAGUGAACCAGAGGAGGAGGACAGUGUGCUGGAUACACCCUGCAGGAAGAAGCUGAAGAGCACCUCCAAGUACAUCUACCAGACUCUGUUUCUGAACGGAGAGAACAGCGACAUCCGGAUCCGUGCCCUCGGACAGGAGUGGAACCUGCACAAAGUUUAUCUGUGUCAGUCGGGCUACUUCUCCAGCAUGUUCAGCGGCUCAUGGAAGGAGUCCAACAUGAUGGUGAUCGAACUGGAGAUCCCCGAUCACAACAUUGACAUCGAAGCUCUGCAGGUGGUGUUCGGCUCCCUCUACAGAGAUGACGUUCUGAUCAAGCCCAGCAGUGUCGUCAGUAUCCUGGCUGCUGCCUGCAUGCUCCAGCUGGACGGUCUGAUCCAGCAGUGUGGAGAAACCAUGAAGGAGAACAUCAGCGUGAAGACGGUGUGCGGUUACUACGCCGCUGCUAACCUGUACGGCCUCGACUCGGUCACUAAGAAGUGUCUGGAGUGGCUCAUGAACAAUCUGAUGACCCACCAGAACGUGGAGCUGAUGAAGGAACUCGGGGUUGAGAUCAUCGAACAGCUGAUUCAGUCGUCCGACCUGUUCGUCAUGCAGGUGGAGAUGGACGUUUACACCGCUCUGAAAAAGUGGAUGUUCCUGCAGCUCAAUCCGUCCUGGGACGGUCCCAUCAAGCAGCUUCUAGUCGAUGCAGACACGUGGCUCUGUAAAAGAAGAAGCGAACUGAAGGAGGAGGAGCCGUUCCUGUGCACCGAUCAGGGUUCGCCCUUCACCCCCGUCUUCAGACACAUUCGCCUGCAGUACAUCAUCAACGACCUGGCAUCAGCACGGAUCCUGGAGAAGGACAACAUCAUUCCACCUGACUGGUUAUUCAGGAUAUAUAAGCAGCAGUGGUUCACUAUGCUGCGCACGGAACACGACAACGACAACGGACCACAAGAGGCGAACAGGGACGAAUUUGAGCGGAACAGCAUGCGGUGUGGCAGGAAGCUGAACAAAGACGGAGAUUACUGCUGGAGGUGGACGGGAUUCAAUUACGGGUUCGAUCUGCUCGUCACCUACACCAACCGCUUCAUCGUCUUCAAGAGGAAUACGCUCAGCCAGCCGUGCGGGGGCGCCGUCAGCCUGCAGCCUCGACGCCACCUCGCGUUCAGGUUACGACUGGCGUCGUUUGACAGCAGCGGGAAGCUGAUCUGCAGUCGAUCUACAGGAUAUCAGCUCCUCACUCUGGAGAAAGAUCAGGAGUACGUGGUGAUGAACCUGGACAGUCGUCUCCUGUCCUUCCCGCUGUACGUCUGCUGUAACUUCCUGUACACCUCACCCUCGCCGGAGCGCCGUGCGGACACCGGCGAUCCCGAGAGCAGCUCCCGGGGCGGAUCGUGACCCCUCCAGUAUGAGCUACAAUCAAUCAAAUCAUUUCCCAUCAUUUAAAAACUUUUACUGCA